CGCUAGACUUUUGUAAUGCUUUCGGACAGUCACGUGGCGGGUUCUACGUCGCAAACGAUAACUACUGUUUUUAUCUAAAAAAGGAUAACAUACCUAGAAAUUGAAUUGUUUUGACUUUUUAAUAAAAAUAGGCCUUUAAAAAAUUGGCAGAUGUUUAUAGAAAGUAUACGUUCAAAUGAUAUAUACAGUUCGUGUAAGGUGUGGUUAUUUCCCAAGGUGUGUCGCCCUCAUUGAAAUCGAGCAAUAGGUGCAUUACAGGUCAUAUAGCACGGGAAGUUGGUACUGUUGAUGAAUAGUUAUCAUGGACACUGAGUAACCUUUCCUAACAGAGAGAAAUUCACGAAUAUCCGACAGAAACGGAUGAUGGGAUUACAACGUGCAUCGCUGUGUGUGGGUCUUGACAUUUUCUAAACGAAACAAGUAAGGAUUAUCAUUGGUCCCUGUUUAUACAACUGUUGAAAUGAAGCCGCAAGAAUGUUCGGUCGAGAUCUCUUGAGCAUUGUGGAGGGGUGUUAAGUUUGUUUUAGCCUAAAAUCACAGAUGCCCUACAUUUUGGUACGUGGUAACCUAGCUUCCUAUGGUCACAGAUAUCCUUGGCGAGUUCUUGUGUCUGGCUUAAAAGCAUCCGACAUAGAGCAGUUGAGUCGUUUUGCUUCCGGAGGGUAUUGCGAUGACUCAACAAUAGUUUACCUUCAACAUCCUUGUGUCAUAUUGACAGCUUUGGAAGUUCUUGGGUACAAAGUAGUUGCAUCUUCAAGUACAAGUGUAAAACAAGAUUAUAAUGAGUACAUGUGGACUAUGAGAAAAGAUUUUUCGGAGCCAGAACCAGAACCUGUUAGUGUGAUAAAAGCAGAAUUAAAAGACGAGGUCUGAGAAUUCUUUUAGAGGAAGAAACGUAAGAAGAGAUGUACGAAACGGACGAUCUCCACAGCAACGGCGAGAAUUACACAUAUAUUGCUGUCAAAGGAUCACCCUUUGCAACCGACUGUGCUAUCUUUGGUAUAAACGCAGACGAGAUUAUGGCGUUGAAAAACCGUUUUCCGAACUCGGGAUCUAAUGUCAUCAACGGCGUUACCAUUAAAGGUUAAUGCAACUUCACUGAUGCUAAGUGAUACGCCAUGCCUACUGAUAAACGAUCUUCUUACUUCAGAGGAUCAGUUAUGCCCUGGUUUUGCAGUAACUCGUGCACUUCUGCGUCUUGAAUGAAUAAUUUGGUAGAAAGUGAAUUGCAUAACGGUAUUCCACGUCCAUACAUAAUCAUGUUAAAUUGGGCAAAAAAAGAUAGGCAAGGUAUUGUUCGGUACUAUUUUAUAACGGGUGGUUGCAUUUCGUUUGAGACAAUCCAAGCUAAUGCAUGGCAAAACUGAAUAUAUUGAGCUCUAAAGUUACGGUGAGCCCUCUAACUUAUAGAACUUUAACACCAUAGAAAAUGUACAUAGUUAUUGAACUGCGUAACAGUUAAUGAAACAUGUUUUCAUAACAUAAAUGUAAAGGUGAGACUAGGAAGAAUAAAGGGAUGUAACUUGCAUUUUCAUUGUUCUAAAUUGCAUAAUUACCAGGGUAUGUGUGACAAUUAAAUUCAUUGAUCUGAAGUAUUCACUUUUAUUAUAAUCGACAUUUUAAUUCAUUUGAAACAUCUUAAGCUAAGGUUGAACAUUUUACGAGUGUCAAGUUUCGUCUGCGCUUUUUAGAAACUUUAAUUAGAACAACACUGAGAAUUUUUGAUUCACCCAAUAUUACCGCGCAGAACUUCAUUAUGUACAUGUUGACAAGUAAAUGCACGUUAAAUGUAUAUUAUUACUAUUAAAAUUCCCUUAUAAAGGCAUUCCCUACAUUCUGAUUUCGUAAUAAAGAUUAAACAAUUGUUAUUUAAAAUAAGUUUGAUUCAUCUUAAAGAUACUGUAUGACAAAAUUUUAAAAGGUACUUAUUCACAUGCAAACCUUGGUAAUUACAUUUUGAAACAGUUGAAUGUAGUAAGUCGCAGGGAACAUUAGAUCUGGUGUGAACAGUAAUUAUAACGAAAUAAUAUACUUACAAUCUACUCGAAGGUUAACAAAACCACAUAUAAGUAAGUUGAGGAUUUAAAUAAUUAGUGUUUAACUUGGUGCCACAAAACAAUUCCUCGCAUGACGAUAUUAACGCAUGGUUAUCUCGUGUCUUGUACUUUAUAAGCAAUUUUGUUCAUUUAACAGAGUGACUCCAAAAUGCUAACAUUU